AUAACUUUUAUAUAGAAUUAAAGCUGAUAAUAAUUUCAUUUGAUAUUGUUGACGAAUAAAACAAAUGCGGAAACUUUUUUUUUGAUUCAGUUGCAAUUCAGCACUGCAUAAGUUUAAUUAGAAGCGGCGGUGGUUGACUUUAUUGUGUGAUUCCUUAAUAAAAAAACAAAAAAAUCAAAUAAACUUUGGAUAAAUUUAAAAAUCUUAUCAACAUUUUUUUUUUUCUUCUUUUCUUCUUCUUAUUGUUAUAACAGUUGAUAAUAUUAUAAUAGUGUUAUAAAUUAUAUAUAAAGCGAGUUCAUAAUAAUUCUGUUUAGUAUUUUUAUAAAAAAAAAGAGUUGAUGUUUUUUUUUUCUUACGAAUUAAAAAUAUUAAAAUUUAGUUUAUAUGAGAACUAAAUUAGAAAUAAUAAAAAAAUUUAUAAAAAAUGAAAAAUUUACAAAUUGGUAUAAUUAUUUUAAUAAGUUUUUAUUUCGGAAAAACUUAUAAUUAUGCAAUUGAAAAAAAUUUUAAUAAUACCGAGAUUGAUAAUUCCAGUGAUCAAAUUAAAAAUAAUGAAGAUAAUUUAAAAUAUUUAAAUAGUGUUUUAAAUGUUAAUUCAACAAUUUCGGAUAAUCGUUAUUCAUGUGAUAGUGAAAUUUUUUGUCAUGGGAAGCUUUUACAUACCGUAUCACUAGCAAAAAUUUUCAAGGAUUCAAAAACUUUUGUUGAUAUGAGUCUUAAGUUUCCGCCUGAAAAAGUUCUAGCAAAUUUUGAUAGUUUUAUGGAAAAUCGUUCAAAUCCAAAUACAGAGGAAGUUAGAGAAUUCGUUAAUCAAAAUUUCAACGAAAAAGGUUUUGAGUUAGAAGUGUGGAUACCAACUGAUUGGAAGGAAAAUCCAAAAUUUUUAGAAUCAGUUAAGAAUGAUGCUUUAAGACAAUGGGGAAAAGAAUUGAAUGAUAUUUGGAAAAUUCUGGGUCGUAAAAUGAAACCCGAAGUUGAAAAUAAUCCAUAUUUGUAUUCUAUAAUACCAGUUAAAAAUCCAGUAAUUGUGCCUGGCGGUAGAUUUUUAGAAUUUUACUAUUGGGAUUCAUAUUGGGUUAUUAAAGGUUUAUUAAUAUGUGAAAUGUAUACAACCGUCGAAGGUAUUUUAGAUAAUUUUCUUUCAAUAAUUUAUCGUUUUGGUUUUAUACCAAAUGGCGGACGUAUUUAUUAUUUAAAUAGAUCCCAACCACCAUUAUUAGCACCAAUGAUUAAAUCAUAUGUUGAUAUAACAAAUAAUACUGAUUUCGCUAUAAGAAAUGUUAAUUUAUUAGAAAAGGAAUUUAAUUAUUUUUGGGAUAAUUAUUGUCAUGAUAUUAAUGGUCAUAAAUUAUGUUCUUAUUUUGCAAAAUCAUUAGGACCACGUCCUGAAUCAUAUAGAGAAGAUUAUGAAUUAGCAAAAAAUUUACAAAGUGAAGAAGAAAAAAAUGAAUUAUAUGCAAAUAUUAAAGCAGCUGCUGAAUCUGGUAUGGAUUUUAGUGGACGUUGGUUUAUAACAGAGAAUGGAACAAAUGAUGGAAAUUUAACGAAUACAAAAGCACGUUAUAUAAUUGCUGUAGAUUUAAAUGCAUAUUUAUAUCAAAAUGCAAAAAUUAUUUCAAAUUUUUAUGCAUUAGCUAAAAAUUCUUUGAAAUCAGAAGAAUUUGCUAAAAUAGCUGAUGAAAUUGCAAAAUCAAUUGAUGCAAUUUUAUGGAAUGAUACAAUUGGAUCAUGGUUAGAUUAUGAUUUAAUUAAUAAAAAACAAAGAAAUUAUUUUGUUCCAACAAAUUUAUCACCACUUUGGGUUAAAUCAUUUAAUGUAUCGGAUAAAGAAAAUAUUUCUAAAAAAAUUUUAAAAUAUUUAAAUGAAACUGGUGUUGAUAAAUAUCCUGGUGGUGUACCAAAUACGAUAAGAAAUACAGGAGAACAAUGGGAUUUACCAAAUGUUUGGCCACCAAUGCAACAUUUAUUAAUUAUUGGAUUAGAUAAUUUAAAUACAACUGAAUCAAAAGCAUUAGCUGAAAAAUGGGCAACAAGAUGGGUACAAUCAAAUUAUGCUGCUUACCUUGAUAAUAAGCAUAUGUAUGAAAAAUAUGAUGCUAAUAAAUUCGGUGGUCAUGGCGGCGGUGGUGAAUAUGAUGUUCAAGUUGGUUUUGGUUGGUCAAAUGGUGUUAUUAUUGAUUUAUUAACGAAAUAUGGUGAUAAAUUAAAACCACAUAAUAGCGGAAAUUCUUUACUAAAAGGAGGAUCAACUGGUUUAAUAGUAUUUUUAUUUGCAGUUUUAACUAGACUAUUCCAAUAAUUUUAAAUUAAAUUUAAUAUUGUUUAUUAUAUAUUUUAUGUAAUUUAUUAAAUGAAAAAAAAAAAUAUGCAAUGUGAAAAAAAUAAAAUUUAAAUAAAUAAAAUUUUUAAUUUAUUACAAUA